AUGGUUUCUCCAAAAACUCGGUAUCUGCUGUUCUUUCAAUACUUUGGGACCAAGUAUUGGUGAGUACGGUAUGUUUAGAAGCAUUCUCAAAUGCUCCCUGCGUGAAACUCUGGAGAGCCGCUGCCAGUCAGUGCAGACAAUACUGAGCUAGAUGGACCAAGUGGCUUGGCAUGGCAUACAGAAACUUUCUGUGCUCCUGUUACAGGAAGGGCAGUCGCUCAGUGGUAAAACUUCUGCUUUGCACACAGAAUGGCCCAGAUUCAGUUCCCCAGCCUCUCCAGGUAGGACUGGAAAAGGCUCCAAGUCUGAGGAGAUUUCUCCUCAGCCUCCAAGCCUGGAGAUUUGCUGCUGGUCAGUGUAGACAACAGUGCUAAAAAUUAGUCAAGCAGCAGGUAUGUUUUGCUACUGGUGCGGGUCUAGUUGUGACCACGUGGAGAUCUCUGGAUGCCAGGUGGCGACUGGUUACAUACACUUCAGGUUACAGACUCCGCUAACCCAGAAAUAGUGCUUCAGGUUAAGAACUUUGCUUCAGGAUAAGAACAGAAAUCGUGCUCCAACGGCGCGGCGGCAGCAGGAGGCCCCAUUAACUAUAGUGGUGCUUCAGGUUAAGAACAGUUUCGGGUUAAGAACAGACCUCUGGAACAAAUUAAGUACUUAACUCGAGGUACCACUGUAUAUGGUUCACCCCCUCCUCCGUUAAUCCCUACAACGACCCUGUGAGGGAGGUUAAGAGGCUGUGGCUGGCCCAAGGUCGCCCAGUGAGCUUCAUGACAGAGUGGGUUCAGACUUUCUGCUAAUCUAGCCCAGUACCUGGUGCACCCCACUGUUAACUGUCUAAGAGGAUGAGAAUUUAUACAUGGCUACACAGCAUAUUUUAGGUGACAUAUUACCUAUUUUAGGUACCUUAUAUUACCUAGUUCUCUUCUGUGUGUUUGUGAUGGGAAAAUGGAACCAAAGUUGAUUGAGGCUGUGUCCACACCAUACAUCUAAAGCAUAUAGCGCCCACCCCCCAAGGAAUCCUGGAGUUAAAAUUCCCAGAACCCUGAACAAACUAUUCCCAUGAUUCUUUGGGGGAAGUCUUGUUCUUUAAAUGCAAGGUGCAUGUGCAGCCCAAGUCUCUUUGGGAAUGGGGGAGCUUUCUCAUGAGGCCGGGGAGUUAAAACCAUUGUUCUACGUUGGGAUCCACGCCGACAGCUGAGAUUUUCCGUUUCUACCUUUCAGUUAGAUGACACAUUAGGUAAGACAAUGGGAAAUUGGUGGCGGGGAAGAGGGAGAGCAAAGAGAAGAGGAAUAAUGAGAAUUAAGAUUGCAAAUGACAUCUGUUGCUAAUGUACUGAUAGCUCUUGCUUUUGCACUUGCUGCUAAAAUAUUUUCCUUCGUCUUUAACCUUGUUAGGUUCUUUUGUUAUUAAUACGGCAAUUAUUUCACUCAACAUGCGGGUUCCUUGUGCAAGUUCUUUUUAUUUUUUUAAAGGGGAUUAUUAUUAUUAUUAUUAUUAUUCUAAUUUGCUCUCCAGAUUGGUUGUGGGAACCUCCGGUUCACACAUUUCUGUGCCUUGGUUUGGCAUAGUGGCAAAGAGAUUGAACUGUGAAUCAGGAAGGGUGAUAGAGAAAUUCUCAAGGGCCCUCCAGAUGUUGCUGAACAGCAACUCCCAUUGAUCCCAGAAAGCAUGGCUGAUGACCGGGGAUGAUGGGAUUUGUAGUUUAGUGCAUCUACUGGGAUAAAGCUUUCCCUUAGCUGCCCUAUUUGAUUUGAUUCAGCACAAUAAAAGUUAGGGCGAUGGUCAAUGCCUGUGGAUCACAGUCGCCCUCCACUUUCUUCUGCUUGAGGUAAUUAUGUUUUUUCCUUUGCUGCAGUGGCGUGAAGGAGGUUCGUCCUGACCAGGCGGUGCUUGGAGUGCAGAAUCACUUGGAGGUACAUACCACAGCUAAGGUUUUCAAACUGGGUUGGGAUGGGCUAUAGGGAGAGGCGUGAUAUCUUUGCUCUCCUGGUUGUGGGGCUUCCAGGAGCCAAAGGGCUGGAAGAGAUGCCUGGAAUUUUAUUGAAAUUCUAAGACCAAUGAAAGCUAUUCUCUGAAGGGCAGUGGGUUGUUUAGUGGACCAGUGACAAGACGUGCUUUGACUCCGAUGUAAGUGUUCUAGGCAGCCAAUCAGAAUGUUUUCAGAUGCUGCUUCCACCUCCUUAGUGAUGUUGAACUGGGAUUGCACAAGAGCAAGCCAGGUCUGACCAGUUAUGUUACUGCAAAAGAAGAAGGGAUUGAACUGAAGACAAUCUGUGUUUGGAAAUUAUAUUUGCCUAUUUAAGAUUUCCCGUAAGGCUGCCAAAUUGCAGACACUGUAGGUGUCUGUGUAGAUCGACAUCUGAAUGUAGAGAUUUGUCAUAAUCAUGAGUUCUCUCUCUCUCUCUCUGACCAAGUUUUUUUAUUGAGGUGGUUAAACUGUGUCUGUCUCGGCUGUCUUAGAAUGGAGCUGACAGUACAACAGUUUGUUGCAUGUAGAAAGCAGAAAUAUUGGGGUGAAGGCUAGACUGGGACCCCUUCUGCCAACACCCAGUUUUUGUAGGCGCAGAUGAUUUUUUUGUUGCACUCGUGAACAAUCCUCCAUGCAGCAAAAAUUCCCUUCACUUACAAAACCAGUGUCAGGAUUCCGGUCUGGCCUUCCACCUGAUAGGCUGCCUUUCUAUGGGUGGAGGAGUCUGUCAGCCACCUUAGUAGAUUGAGACUUUAGAGUGAGUAUCAUUAACCGUCUCUUCUUCCCCAUCUUGGAACAGGAGAUAGCGUGUGUUUGUGCGCAUACACAAUUCACUUUUCCAAGGGAUCUGGGUAAAAGUCACAUCUGAUAGAAGCAGGCUGAGCCUUGACAAAACCCAUAGAGCUGAAGGAGGAAGUGGGGAAGAGCGCCACUCUUCCAACUUCCUCCUUCAACUCUAAGCACUUUUCAAGGGAGAAGAAGGUAACUAACCUCAGCACCUUGUGACCAAGGGUGGGUGGGGUUGCUCAGAAGCUUUGUGGGCACCAGGGAAAGACCUCAUGGGCACCAUUGCACCCACAGGCACCACAUUGGCGACCCCUGCCCCCAAAGCCUCCAAGAUAAGUCUUCGUUGUGCUCCAUAGCAUCAGGGGCGAGGACAAUUCAAACAUAGGGUUUUGUUAAGUGUCGAAUCGGGCCAGCAGGGUGAAGCCGUCCUAUGGAAAGGACAAGAUUUUCUGGGGAGUUGAGUACCCCUGGAGAUUUCAGUUUGGACUUGGUCUUCAGUUAAGACUUGCUUUUGAGCCCAUCUGUGGCAGGUCUCCCGAAUGGAACAUGCUGGGAAUCUUCAUGCCUGUUGGAAUGCUGGAUCCUUCUUCUUCCAAGCAGGGUUGACUAACUCCCGCUGUAGUCACCCACUCUUCUGGAGCCAGACGUUGGGGAUGUAAGGGAGAAGGCGGGCAGUACAAGCUCAGAGGUGCACAGCUCCCUCCAUCUGUUUCAGCUUCAGUUUUGGCCUGGGCUGUUGCAGGGCGUUUUCACGUGAGAGGCAAAAGAGUCCCCUGCCAAAGUACCUGAAAACGGGCUCAGAUUCCUCUCUCUGUAUCAAGGUGAAUUAGUGGAUUUCUCAUAAAUAAAGGUUUUCAUUAAUUACAACAUCAAAACUGCAGGCAGACAGGAAAUGGCAUAAUCAAAGUUCCAAAGCAGUACAGAGGUUGUGUUUUCCAGAACAAAUAAAAUGGAAAAAUAAAAAGAAGCAAAACAGAUAAAAGCCAAGUCUUCCAUCAAGACAAAUUAGUGUGUGUGUAUCUUUCUCUCACUCUCUCUCUGUGUACAUAUUUGGCCACACUGAGAAGAGGAUGCUGGACUAGACACUAGGUCUCUUCUGAUGUUCUUACUGAACAAAGUCUAGGUGCCAUCCCACCCAUGAAAUUAUUACUAUUAUUACUUUUAUUUCUAUACUGUUUUAUAUUUUAAAGAGAAAAAUCUGAAACACAUUAAAACAAUCCAGAACAGAAUGAAUUCCAGCUUCAAUUAACAUAUUUCAGAUUGUUUUCGAAGUGACAUUUCCCUUUCCCAAUAUUUAUUUACGUACUUAAUUUAUAUAGCUGCCCCAUACUAGAAGCACUGCAGCAAGCCAGUGUGGUGUAGAAAAGGACAUGGGAGACCAGGAUUCAAAUCCCUCCCUAUUCAGUCAUGAAGCUCACUGGGUGACCUUGGGCCAGUCACAGCCUCUUAACCUACCUCACAGGGUUGUUAUAGUAGGGAUUUACUGAGGAGUGGAGAAAAAGGUGGGAUAUAAAUGCAGUACAUAAGCUGUUCUGCUUUCCAGCUUAAGAAUGCUGGAGGGGCUAGCCAGAUGGAGAUGUUAGUUGCAAUUGGACCUGUGUCAGUAGCAAAACACGCCUGGCUAAUUUCUAACAGUGUUUCCAGCAUCUCCAUGCCCAUUGGGACUGGUAGGGCAGAAGGCAGGGAGCCGAACAGUAGGUGGCGCCAGAGCCAAUGACAGGCAGAGCCAACUUCUUCUAGGUUUGUCCCCAUCCACCUCCUCCCUACUGAGUUCUCCUAGGGCAAAAGCUGAGACGGAGGUGGAAUCCAACAGGAACCGUUGUGAGUAAGAAGGCAGGCAGACAGCGGCUGGCUGAGGUUGGUGGGGCAGUGCCCCAUCUGUCUCAGCAGACCAGCCUCCCCUCAUGGUAUGUCAUUACAGGAAAGGAUGACUGUUGGUAGUUUUUUGAGGGGAGGAAUGUUCAUUCCCGGCUUGCUACUGGAGAUGUGAAGUUUCGAGGCUACUCCAGAGGCAAAAUUCUCUGUGUGUGUGUGACUUCACCCAGGGAAGGGAAACGGUGUGUCUGUCCUGGGGAAAUAUGAUUUGUUUUCAUCCCUCUGUUUUUGCAUGUUCUGCGAUGUUCAGGACCUUCUCCCUCCCUCUCCCAAACCAGCCCUUCUGUUCUUCUCUCUGCUUCUCCUCCUUUGCAACGAAGGCUGCCCAGGGCGAAAUCUUUUUCUAUGCAAAUUGUCUUUUUCUUGGCCCUCGAACGUGCGCUCCGGGUCCAAGAAUUUCUUCCCAUGCAUAAGGAAACAGCAAAGGGAGUGUUACGGGACAGGCGCCCGGGACAGCUUGAGUCUUUGUUUCUCCAAAGGGAGAGAGGGAGGGAACGAGGGGGGAAAACAAACCACGAGAGGUGGACGCGAGAGGGAAGCAUCUGGAAAUCCUACAUGACUUGGAAAGGGUUCUUGGCGACUCGUAAGAGAUAUAUAAUUCCUCUCUUUCCCAAAUCGCUCCCCUUGCAUGGCUGAUCUAGACAGUGGUAUUCUCUUUUGGGCCUCUGCCGGCAGCUGACUCAAAAGGGUGGGAUGGAGGACUUUCUGAUAAACAUUUGCAGAUCACCGUUCGCCCCCUGAUCGCCUAGAACAAGUAAGACCCCAAUGAAACGAAGGGGCCUACGUUAGUUGUGUCUGUUAACUUCAGUGGGUUGACUCUGAGUAGGGCUAACAUUGGAUGCAGCACCGUUAUCAUGUAGUAAUGCUUAUUUGUUACACCCCAUCUUUCCUCUGGUGAGCUGUCGGUGGCAAACCUGGAUCUCAUGCCUCUGCUGUGUUGUAGUGGUUAAGAGCGAUAGACUCGUAAUCUGGGGAACCUCGUUCGCUUCCCCGCUCCUCCACAUGCAGCUGCUGGGUGACCUUGGGCUAGUCACACUUCUCUGAAGUCUCACAGCCCCACUCACCUCACAGAGUGUUUGUGGUGGGGGAGGAAGGGAAAGGAGAAUGUUAGCUGCUUUGAGACUCCUUAGGGUAGUGAUAAAGCGGGAUAUCAAAUCCAAACUCUUCUUCUUCUUCUUCAACCCUGUUAGGUAGGUUAAAAAUACUUUUACUGGUGCCCCUAAGGCCACACAAUGAACUUUAUGGCUGAGUGGGGAUUUGAACCCUGGUCUCCCAGGUUCUCAUCCACCAUUCCAGCCCAGCUGUGGGGAAACUUUAACCCCCCAGAUGCUGCUGAACUACAUUCCCCAUCAGCCCCAGUGAGUAUGGCCCAAUGGCCCGGGAUAAUAAUAAUAAUAAUAAUAAUAAUGAAUUUUUAUUGAUAUCCCGCCCUCCCCAGCCAAAGCCGGGCUCAGAGUGGCUAACAGCAAUCAAAGUAACACAGCAUUCUAAAAUCGAUAUUCUAAAAUCAAUUCAAAAUCAAUUGGCAACCACUGGGCCAGAGUUCUAUGAGGAUCACCAAAGGAGGGGGUCAGACUGUGCCUUGGCCAAAGGCCUGGUGGAGCAGCUCUGUCUUGCAGUCCCUGCAGAAAGAUGUCAAGUCCCGCAGGGCCCUAGUCUCUUGUGACAGAGCGUUCCACCAGAUCGGGGCCACAGCCGAAAAAGCCCUGGCUCUGGUUGAUGGAAUGAUGGAUGAUGGGAGUUGUAGUUCAGCGUCAUCCGGAGGAACAAAGGGUCCCCAAAUCAUAAUCAUCAUUAUCAUUUUUUUUGUUUAUACCCGACCCUUCUGUCUGGGUUGCCCCAGCUCCUCUUCCAACACAUAUAAAAACAUUAUAAAACAGCAGAAAUUAACAGUAACAAUCUGAUCCAAUAUAAAAAGUAACAAUCACUUUAAAAGAAACAACCUAUGUCAAAUAAAGCAAUAUUCAAUCAUCCAUUAGAAUCUAAUAGUGAAUGCACCACAUCUGGCUGUUUCAGCUAGCCUAGUUAACAGCCUUUGAUAGAACGAGUUCAGAGUGAUGGAAAUAUCUCUAGGAGGGGUUUACAGAACAGCCCCUUCCCUCCGGCCACAUUUACACCAUACAUUUAAAGCACUCCGGUAUCACUUCAAACAUUUAUGGCUUCCCCCGAGAAUUCUGGGAGCUGCAGUCUGUUAAGGAUGCUGAGUGGUGUGGAGAGAACCCCCCCUAUCCCGGCCCACUCCAAGAACUACAGUUCCCUGAUGGUUUAACGGUCAAUCCCAUUCUGGGAAUUGUUGCUCUGCAAGGGAAAUAGGGGCCUCCUCAUGACUCUCAAGGGACGCGGGUGGCGCUGUGGGUUAAACCACAGAACCUAGGACUUGCCGAUCAGAAGGUUGGUGGUUCGAAUCCCCAUGACGGGGUGAGAUCCCGUUGCUCGGUCCCUGCUCCUGCCCACCUAGCAGUUCAAAAGCAUGUCAAAGUGCAAGUAGAUAAAUAGGUACCGGUCCAGCGGGAAGGUAAACAGCGUUUCCGUGUGCUGCUCUGGUUCGCCAGAAGCGGCUUAGUCAUGCUGGCCACAUGACCCGGAAACUGUAUGCCGGCUCCCUCGGCCAAUAAAGCGAGAUGAGUGCCGCAACCCCAGAGUCGGCCACAACUGGACCUAAUGGUCAGGGGUCCCUUUACCUUUACCUUUACAUGACUCUCAGCACCCUUAACAGACUACAGUUCUCAGGAUUCUUUGGGGAAAACCAUGAUUGUUUAAAGUGGUAGCAUAGUGCUUUAAGUUAGUGGUGUGAAUGUGGACUAAGCUCACAAUCUUCAAGCAGCAAUUUACACGUCACAUGGGGGCAGGAGGAAUGGGCUCUGGUGCUCAGCACCCCACUGCCAACAGUCAGGGGUGAUGGGAGCUGGAGAACACCAACAUCGAUGUGGGCCACAGUUUCCCCAUUCAUGGAUCAAAGGUUCCUGGCUUCGCCAGCCAGAAAAGGAGGUUCCCUGCUAUGUCUCUGCACGAGUAGCUGCUAUGGCUUUUCUUAAGAUUGAUUACAACACAGGGGGUAACUUUUGGCCCUCCAGGUGUUGCUGGACCCCAGUUCCCAUCAGCCCAAGCCUGCAUGGCCCAGUGGUCAGGGAUGAUGGGAAUUGGAGUCUAGGAACAUCUGGGGCGGGCACCAGCUUCUCCAGUCUUAUAUGACCUUGGUUGAAAGCCUCCCAGAGUGACUGGGGCAACCCAGUCAGAUGAGUGGGGUACAAAUAAUAAAAUUACUAUUAUUAUUAUUUCAAGAAGCAUUUGGCUGGCUGCUUUUGGAAAGAGGUUUCCAGACCAGAUGUUCGAUGCCGUUCUCCUUUCAGCACAGAUGUGCUGUCGAGGCGGACCAAAGUGCCCAGAUCCCACCACCUGCCCUCCUUGUUGGCACGGCACACCAUUAAUUGGGAUUAUUGGGCGCCGUUUCCCCAGCAACCGGCACGCAAGCAAAUUAUGGCUAUGCACAUGAUGGGUCUCUUCUCAAUCUGGCAUGAGUGAAGCUGGCGGAUUAUCGUUGCGGUGGAUGAUAAAUGAAAGUGGCAGAUGUGCAGGGCAGCUCAGAGGGCACCAGGAGAGGACACAGAGAGGUCAUUUGUGAACAGGGUCAGGAGUUCGGCAGGUUGCGCCUGCCAGCCUGUGUCGUGCGGUGCUUUUCGGCCAAACUGCUGAUGGGAAGGAUUCCACUGGUUGGCUGAGUUAGGGUGGAGCUCUGCUUUUGCCUCUGAUUCUGUGUUAAAAAUUGCAGAAUUAAGCAUCCUAAAACCCAGGUCUUCAUCCUAAUGGGGAACCUCAGGACUGGGGGGCUGAGUGUGGCCCUCCAGGCUUCUCCAGGCCACCCCCCCUUCCCAAGCCACAUACCUUGCCAGCUCUGCUUGUCACUCUCCUUGAAUGUUUCUGCCUAGCUGGAAACACUGAUCCUGCCUCUUGCUUGCCUGGGUGGAAGACGGAGAGGGGUGAGCUUAUGGGUAGAAUCUAACCUAUAGUAAAAAGGUAAAGGGACCCCUGACCAUUAGGUCCAGUCGUGGCUGACUCUGGGGUUGCAGCGCUCAUCUCGGUUUAUUGGCCGAGGGAGCCGGCGUACAGCUUCCGGGUCAUGUGGCCAGCAUGACUAAGCCGCUUCUGGCGAACCAGAGCAGCACACGGAAACGCCGUUUACCUUCCCGCCGGAGCGGUACCUAUUUAUCUACUUGCACUUUGACGUGCUUUCGAACUGCUAGGUUGGCAGGAGCAGGGACCGAGCCACGGGAGCUCACCCCGUUGCAGGGAUUCGAACCGCCGACCUUCUGAUCGAAAAGUCCUAGGCUCUGCGGUUUAACCCACAGCGCCACCUGCGUCCCAACCUAGAGUACAAAGGGUAAAAUUCAGAUUCAUCGCUCCGCCCACUGUUGCCUCUAGCCCCGCCCACCACUGGCGUACGGCCCCCAGAAGGGAUUGCGGCCCUCGGGCUGGAACGGGUUUUCCACCCGUGCUUCAAUGUGCGGUAACCAGGUCUGGUUUGGAACAAAACUCGGUCCUCCAGGCUGAAGAGGAGGCGAAAUAGUGGGGCAGUGGGAAGUAAGGUUUUGGAAGUACAUUAUGGGAUGGUUUGGUAUCCCUGGAUUUAUGGCUCUAUCCAGGAUGGUGCUUGUUGCCGCCAUAGUGUCCCUGAAGGCCUUGUCCAUUCAUCCCUUGGGCACGAGGUGGGGUGUUUGCUUACCUUUUACCUCCCUUGAAAAGCACCGUAUUUUCCGCUCUAUUGGACGCAGUUUUUCCCCUCCAAAAAUUGAGGGGAAAUGUGUGUGCGUCCUAUGGAGCGAAUGCAGGCUUGUGCCAUAGCCGUGUGCAACCCCUCCGGCAGGGAGAGGCUGCACGGGGCUAUGGCUUCUUUAGCUCCACGCAGCCUCUUCCUGCAGGGAGAGAUUGCACGGGGCUCAAGAGGAAGCCAAAGCAGCAAGCGGGAUCCAUCCCGCUGGCUGCCUUGGCUUGUUCCAGACCCAUGUGGGAGAACUGGGUGCAGGUUUCUCAACAGAUGCUUCUAACAUAGGAACACCUAAGUACAGUGGUACCUCAGGUUACAGACGCUUAAGGUUACAGACUCCACUAACCCAGAAAUAGUACAGUAGUACCUCGGGUUAAGAACUUAAUUCAUUCCGGAGGUCCGUUCUUAACCUGAAACUGUUCUUAACCUGAAGCACCACUUUACCUAAUGGAGCCUCCUGCUGCCGCUGUGCCACCGAAGCACAAUUUCUGUUCUCAUCCUGAAGCAAAGUUCUUAACCUGAGGUACUAUUUCUGGGUUAGCAGAAUCUGUAACCUGAAGCGUAUGUAACCCGAGGUACCACUGUAGGGCUAGGAAGGUCUCCUGCCUGAGACUCUGGAGAGCUGCUGCCAGUCAGUGUAGGCAACACUUAGUGGGGGGAUCAUUGGUUUGACUUGGGUGUUAAGGGCAGCUUCCCACAUCAAGCGCUUAGGCCCAGAACGGGAGGCUGCAAUGUUGUUCUCCGACAGAAUAAGAGUAUGAGCAGCUGAUCAUUUUGAGGAUGCUGCAAGGAAAAGGCGAAGGGCCAGAUCCAGAUUGGAAAGGUCACAGGUCGAUUCCGUCCCGCCAGGACCGGCAAGGGCAGGCUGCUGUUGUUCAGCGCAAUGCACCCAUCCAUCACGGUUUACGGCCUCUGCCAUCCCUGACGGGAAACGUCUUGUAAAAGGGAAUGAGAGUGCCCAUCAAUUAUUAAAGCCGCCAAGGCUGCCGUGAGGCCAGGCAAGUGGUCCACAGAGGAGUGAUGUCAUCCAAUGCCAUUAGCCCCCCCCCUUCACCCCCCCCCCAUCACCAAUUAUCAAAACCUUCAGCUUGUCCAGAACAGGGUCAGGAUGCACUCCUAAUCCCAUGUAUUCACAUUUGUAUCCCGCCAUUUUUCUCUCCAAAGAGCUCAAGGUGGUGCCCAUGGUUCUCCCCCCUCCUCAUUCAAUCCCCACAACAACCCUGUGAGGUAGGUCAGGUCGAGAGGCAGUGACCGGCACCAAGGUCACACCCCCAGCAAGCUUCAUGGCCGAGUCGGGAUUUGAACCCUGGUCUCCCAAGGUCCUAGUCCGGCAUUCCAGCCUCUUGUAUGACAUCAGGUGCAGGGCAGGUGGGCAUGGCUUGGGCAAAACCCUCUGGUGAGUCAAAUACGGGGAGCAGAGUUUCAUUUGGCCUAUGGGAAAGAGGCUCCCUAACACCAGUUUAAAGUGACAACAACAUCGGACAGGACCAUAUCGGUUUCCUUUCACUUUGCGUUUCAAACAAGUCGUCAGAAAUUCCUCUCCUCUCCCCGAAGCAUCCUGCGGUGGGUGGGGUAGAGAAGGACUUCUGCAAAGGUUCUGCAACAUGUAAAUCAAACAGAGUUAACCGAUUAAAAGCCAGGCAGAGAACUGGCUUUAAUCGACAUUUAAAGUAAGACCUUUAAUCUGCUGGCAAUCCCGACAGGAGAAGUAAAUAAAGCCGAGAUGAGCCCAUCAGCAAAUUAAACAGGUUUGUUCUUUUUUUGCAUGCUGCAAAAUAGUUCCGAGGAUGGAAUUGCUUUGAUAGCAAAAAAUUUUUUGGUAAAAAAUAUAUAUUAAAAAAUGAUCAAAGGGCUGGAGUGCCUUACCUAUGAAGCAAAACUAACGCCUGGGGCUUUGCAGUUCAGGAAGAAAGUAAAAAAGAUAUGGGGGAGGGGAAGUGAGACACGACAGAGGUUUAUAAAGGGAUGGGUAGGUCUGCCAGCGUCACAGAUGUAAAAAAACAGGUUUUUAAAAUCUCUCUCAUAAUUCUACAGGGCUGGGAAAUCUCAGGCCCUCCAGGUCUUGCUAUGUGGCCCUCAGAAACCUCACCAAGCCAUACCUCCUCCCCAAAGGAAGGUACCACGAGGGUCAUCUAGUCCAACCCCCUGCAAUGCAGGAAUCUUUUGCCCAACGUGGGGCUUGAAGCCACAACCCUGAGAUUAAGAGUCUCCUGAUUGACUGACAGCAGCUAUGAUUCUAUGUCUUUUGCUUGCCAGGAUGGAGGGUGGAGAAAGAUGUGUGAGCAUGUGUAGAAAGCAGCCUGCUGUACACAGGUAAAAUGGGCACCUGUUGCUCUGCCCAAGUUUGGCUCCACCCACCACUGGCAUUUGGUCCUCAGAAGGUUCCCUAGUGUUGUAGAUGAUAGAACAACGGUCUGCCUUGGUGCAAGGCAAUUUCCUUGAUGCCCCUUGAUUUCUCCCAGGAAAGCAAUUCUUACAUAUAUAUUUUUUUCAAACGCAGAAAAUAAAAACUUGAGAACCAAAACAAAUAAGACAAAAAAAGCACACAAUCCAAGCCAUUUGGAGAACUCCAGCGUGGGUGGUAAACAGGCGGAAAUAAUAAUAUACGAGGGAAGAGGGCUUGUGGGGGCGUCACUUACGUAAGAAUCCUUUUUUGGGGUGGGGUGGGUGGAAUGCUAUAUUUAUGCCCUCAAUCUCCACCAUCCGUGCAGAAUUGGCAACAAGAAAAAGAUUGGGGGUGGGGGUGGAGAGUGGGUAGAAAGUAGCAAAUCCAAUGGGUAAUGCUCCGGCUCUGGAAAUUAUCCCUUGCUGGGAAAGACGACGAGAUUUCCAGCUAAAUGGGUAAUUAACUGUCCUUACAAGAAGCUGGUCGGGGAGUUACCUCUAGAUUCUCUGCCCAGCCUGCACAAAGAUGCCUCUCUCUCUCUCUCUCUCUCUCUCUCUCUCUCUCUCUCACACACACACACACACACACACACACACUUUUGAGUUGCACAUCAACAUCAACAUAUUAGCUCCUUUAUCUAAAGCAGCUUCGCUGCACCAGGAACUGGGCACCUAAUAAGUGGCCAUUUUAGGUCCAUGGGCUCAUCUGGAUUUUGAAAUGAGAGCUGUGAAUGCCUCUCCUUCGGGUCACUUCACACAAACACACACACACACACACACACACACACACGGGUGUGUGAGCGUGCAUUUAAUGACAAUGAUAAUGCAUACCUUCCAACAUCUAUCCGAUGUACCCCACUCGUCUGACUGUGUUGCCCCAGGCACUCUGGGCAGCUUCCAACAUAUAUUAAAACAUCAAGCAUUUAAAAAGAAAAAAAAACUUCCUUGUACAGGGCUCCCUUCAGAUGGCUGGGGGGGGGGGGGUUCGUCAGAUAACUCCAUACCCUCCGGCAGCACAGUGGCAGGGCAUCUGCCUUGCAUGGAUAAGGUCUCAGGUUCGAUCCCUGGCAUCUCCAAGUACAGUGGUACCUCGGGUUAAGUACUUAAUUCGUUCCGGGGGUCUGUUCUUAACAUGAAACUGUUCUUAACCCUCCACUGUCUUAUAGGGAGGCAAACCGUUGGUCCACUUUUUCAGCCGGAGGAUUGCAUUCCCUUCUGGGCAAAGAGGCCUACAUUGUUUCCCCCCUCAUCCUUCAAUCCCCCCAAGAACCCUGUGAGUGUCAGGGACCGUGCAGAGGAGGGCGGCUCCGAGAAGGAAUGGUGGGAGCCUCCCCCUCCCCCUAUUCCUAAUCAGGAUCCUGAAUCUUCCUAGGAGCAGGAGGACAGUAUAGAUUUGGAGCAACGGUUUGCAGAAGGACAUAGUUGAGAAGACAGAAGUUGGGAAGAACUGUGGGGGUGAACAGUUAGGAGGGGAAGAACUGGGAGCGAGAGAGUUAACAGACUCACUGUUGCUGGAAAGCGUCCAUCCGAUCAACCCAAGGACGAGGAGGACAGAUAAAGUAGCAACACAGACAGGACAGUGGUUGCGAGGUCAGGUUACAAGACGCGGUAGUGAUGUGGGUGGCGAGGGAGGAAGUGGGUGGGACCCUUAAUUGGGAGCACCUUCAUUCCGAGGAACAGGUGCUGCGAUCAUUAAAAUCUCUAACUGGUGAGGGACUCCUUUCACUUUGUUCUGCUUAUCUAUUGCCGGGCGGGGGGGGGGGAGAGGGAGGAAGCUGAGGCCCUGGAGCCUGACAGCGAGGUGGGUUAGGCUAAGAGGCAGUGAAUGACUCCAGGGUCACACCCAGUGAAUUUCUGAUAGCUGAAUGGGGACGAGAACCCCAGACGAUGAGAAAAGCCUACUGCAUAAGGCCAAUGGCCCUAAUCCUGUUCUCACAGUGGCCAACCAGCUGCUGCUGGGAAGCCUUCAAGCAGAACACAAGCACCACAGCCCUCACCCCUCCUGUGGUUUACAGCAACUGAUAUUCAGAAGUAUUGCUACCGAUAGCCCUCUCCUCCACAAAUUUGUCCCAUCCUCUUUUAAAGCCGUCCAAGUUGGUGGGCAUCCUGGGGGAGAGACUUCCACAGCCGGACUAUGCGCUGUGUCAAGAAACGCUUUCUUUUGUCUGUCCCGAAUCUUCCAGCUUCACUUGGACGUCCGUGAGUCCUAGUGUGACGAGGUCAAUAAAAGCUGCGUAUAGAAUCCCGCGUGUUUUGUUGACAUAUUUGUCAAUGAGGUGUGCUAAUACGAAGCAAUGGUCUCUUGUUGUUCUGCCCUGUCUGAAGCCGGCUUGCUCCUCUGCCAGAACUUCCUCAGUUUCCAUCCAGUCAAUUAGUUUGAUGUGGAGGUGUUUGGCAUACAAUUUGCUGGGGAUAGUAAGGAGGCUAAUGGGUCUAUAGCUCGCUGGAUCUGCCAUAGGACCCUUUUUGUAGAUUGGGAUGAUUACUGACGAGGGAGGAAAAACUUCUCUCUGUGCACUUCCUCCAAGCUGGGCAUGAUUUUACCAACUUCUGUUGUGUCACCUCUCACUUGCCUUUUCUCUAAAGUAAACUAGGGAUUCAAACCCUGAUCCCCCAGGUCCUCGUCCCACACGCUUAACCACCACACUGGCUGUCAUCUCAUCCCAUAACCAGAAGGCACCACAUUGGUCCUGUACAGUGGUACCUUGGGUUAAGAACUUAAUCUGUUCUGGAGGUCCGUUCUUAACCUGAAACUGCUCUUAACCUGAGGUACCACUUUAGCUAACGAGACCUCCCUUUGCCGCCGCACCGCAAUUUCUGUUCUCAUCCUGAAGCAAAGUUCUUAACCCGAGGUAUAGUGGUACCUCGGGUUACAGACGCUUCUGGUUACAGACGCUUCAGGUUACAGACUCCGCUAACCCAGAAAUAGUACCUCGGGUUGAGAACUUUGCUUCAGGAUGAGAGCAGAAAUCGUGCUCCAGCGGCGUGACGGCAGCAGGAGGCCCCAUUAGCUAAAGUGGUACCUCAGGUUAAGAACGGUUUCAGGUUAAGAACGGACCUCCAGAACGAAUUAAGUUCUUAACCCGAGGUACUACUGUACUAUUUCUGGGUUAGUGGAGUCUGUAACCUGAAGCGUCUGUAACCUGAGGUACCACUGUACUUAGGUGUUCCUAUGUUAGAAGUGUCUGUUGAGAAACCUGCACCCAGUUCUCCCACAUGGGUCUCUGUCUAAAUGGCAAAGGGCGUUCCACCCUGGUCUGUACACCCCCUUUUUCUGCCACAGCACCCCCGCACAGUUCUUUCUCCUGUCUCUCAGAUGGCAGCAGAGAAGCUCCGGCAUUCCACGCCGAGCAAGUUCACCAUCUCAAGCCGCACGGACUCUGGCGUGCACGCCCUCUGCAACGCCGCCCACCUCGACAUCGAGAGGUCGGACGGGAAGCCGCCUUUCGCAGGAAACAUCCUCACCGAUUCUCUCAACCACCACCUGAAGCCUGAGCCCAUCCGGUGAGUUCCCUGCAGUUGCAAAGCACUCGCCAUGUUGUCACCAGCAAGCAGUGGCGGGUGCAGAAAUCCUAUUUGACUUGGGUUUGUUUGUUUAUUAUUUUUAUCUAUUCCAUUUAUACACCACCUUUCUCAAGGUGACUUGUGUGGUUCCCUUCCUCCCCAUUUCACCUUCACAACAACCCUGUGAGGUAGGUUAGGCUAAGAGGCGGUGACUGGCUCAAAGUCACCCAGUGAGCUGAGUGCGGAUUUGAACCCUGCUCUCUCAUGUCCCAGUCGAACACUCUAACUGCUGCACAAAGCCGGUUUAAAGUCAAGCUUACCUAAUUCUCAUUUUCUUUCUUUGUUAAAAAAAUUGCUUUUAUUAAGAUUUUCUUGGGUUACAAAAGUACAUGCGUCAUCUGUGCUUUCAGUUCGUGGGAUCCUUUCUACGAAUCAGUUAGAUUCGAUGUGAGGCACUAAUCAAAUUCACACUUUCUGAAACAGUUUGUGAACAAAACACACCAAUGCUUUAACCACUGAGCUACAGCCCUUCCCUUAAGACAUCGGAAGCUGACUUACACUGAGAGCCAAGUCCAUUGUCUACACCAGGGGGUGGCAAGGCUUACCAUGGGUAGGAUCACUCCCGCAGAGAGUUUGCGGGAGAGUUCCCGCAGAGAGUUCCCGGGCUGGACCGGUGCAUCGCGACACCGGAAAUCACGUCUGUGCAUGUCUGCGGCACUGGAAAUCGCUUCUGCGCAUGCCCAGAUGCCGGAAAUCACAUCUGUGCGGAAGCGAUUUUCGGCAUCUGGGAUGCGCAGACGCGAUUUCUGGAGAAAAAAUGGCUCAGCCCAAAUGAUAUGAAUCAGAACCAUGCGGCGAUUUCUGGACUGGGCCGGAUCCCGAACUCAUUCAGGCUGGAAUUGGCCCGCGGGCCUUAGGUUGCCGACCUGUGGUCUACACAGACUGGCAGCUGCUCUCCAGGAUUUUGGAUGGGAUAAUUCCCAUUCCUACUUCCUGGGGACACUGGGGAUUGAACCUGGGACCUUCUGCAUGCAAAGCAGAUGCUCUAGCCACUCAGCUACAGCCCUUCCCUUUGAAGGCAUGAAGGAGCGGCUCUAGUUAAGUCGGCCCCUUUGCCCUCCUGAGGUUGCCAGCUCCCCAGCGCUGGAGAUUCUUCAAUAAUCACACGUCGUGUUGCCUGGCUCCUGCUGGCUGUCUUUGGGACCAUUGCGGGGGCGGGGGGGGGAGGUCCUUAUACACCCAAUGUGGUGUAGUGGUUAAGAGCAGUGGACUCGUAAUCUGGUGAACCGGGUUCACUUCCCCGCUCCUCCACAUGCAGCUGCUGGGUGACCUUGGGAUAGUCACACCUCUUUGAAGUCUCUCAGCCCCACUCACCUCACAGAGUGUUUGUUGUGGGGAAGGAAGGGAAAGGAGAAUGUUAGCCGCUUUGAGACUGCUUCGGGUAGUGAUAAAGCGGGAUACCAAAUCCAAACUCUACUUUUUCUUCUUCUAUUCUGACAGCCCUGAGCAAACAGGCAUGAGAGGAUCUUCUUGACAUUUAUUUUCUGUUAUGCUAUUCUAGCGGUUGUCAUGGAUCCCAUGCAAUGUGGGCGCAAUCCCGAGUUUCUGCUCCCCAAGGGCUGCGCGUUCCUUGCGGUACGGCUCUUCUCCCUCGUUUGUUGAGAUGUUGCAUAAGUAGAUUCACCACCCCCUUACACAGAGGCACCGCUAAGUCAGGGAAAUGACUCCACUGUUCCAAAGACUUUUGGAGGUGGGGGAGAGGGAUCCUUGCCAGGGUUGUGUGUGUAUCUGAGCCCCUGCGAUUGAUUGAUUGAUUGAUGGAUGGAUGGAUGGAUGGAUGGAUGGAUGGAUUUGAAAGCACACGUUCAUAAAAACUCAGCAAGACCUUGUGCAUCAUGCAGAAUGACUUUGAAAUACAGUGGUACCUCGGGUUACAGACGCUUCAGGUUACAGACUCCGCUAACCCAGAAAUAGUAUCUUGGGUUAAGAACUUUGCUUCAGGAUGAGAACAGAAAUCGUGCAGCGGCGCCGCCGCAGCAGCUGGAGGCCCCAUUAGCUAAAUUGGUGCUUCAGGUUAAGAACAGUUUCAGGUUAAGAACAGACCUCCAGAACGAAUUAAGUUCUUAACCCAAGGUACCACUGUAAAUAAAAGCAUCAGUAAAGACUGGUUGGCAGGAAGAAAUGAAAGGGGAUUUGAGAGCCUAUGUGGUACAAUGGUUAGAGCGCUAGACUAGGACCUGGGAGGCCAGGGUUCGAAUCCUCACUCGGCUUUGAAAGUCAUUGGGAGUGACUGCCUCUUGGCCUAACUGACCUGGCAGCAAGGUUGUUGUGCAGAUAAAAUGGGGAGCACAACUCUGUACACUACCUUGAACUCGCUGGAGAAAAAGGCAGAAUAAAAAUGCAAUAAGUAAAUAAUUGCAAAGGCCUGACAGGGUAUCACAGUUUUCAGGAGGUGUCCAAUACGGCCUUUCCCAACCUGUGGGUUGCGAAGUUGUAAAAUACUGUCUCUUACAAAGCCGAAAUAAAUCAGUUGCAGGCUUUAUCAGUAACUCCUGAAAUAAUUGCUUGUAAUUAUUAGCUGGUAGGAUUCAUAUACAGUGGUAAAAGGUAAAGGUAAAGGGACCCCUGACCAUUAGGUCCAGUUGCGGACGACUCGGGUUGCGGUGCUCAUCUCGCUUGAUUGGCCGAGGGAGCCGGCAUACAGCUUCCGGGUCAUGUGGCCAGCAUGACUAAGCAGCUUCUGGCGAACCAGAGCAGCGCACGGAAACGCCGUUUACCUUCCCGCCGGAGCAGUACCUAUUUAUCUACUUGCACUUUGACGUGCUUUCGAACUGCUAGGUUGGCAGGAGCAGGGACCAAGCAACGGGAGCUCACCCCGUCGCAGGGAUUCGAACCGCCGACCUUCUGAUCGAAAAGUCCUAGGCUCUGUGGUUUAACCCACAGCGCCACCCACGCCCCACUAUACUGUGGUACCUCGGGUUAAGUACUUAAUUCGUUCCGGAGGUCCGUUCUUAACCUGAAACUGUCCUAACCUGAAGCACCACUUUAGCUAAUGGGGCCUCCUGCUGCCGCCACACUGCCGGAGCAUGAUUUCUGUUCUCAUCCUGAAGCAAAGUUCUUAACCUAAGGUACUAUUUCUGGGUUAGCGGAGUGUGUAACCUGAAGCGUCUGUAACCCGAGGUACCACUGUACAGUAUCUUACAACUUCUUGUUUCGUUGGCUUACCAUCAAUGGGGAGCCAGUGUGGCAUUGUGGUUUAGAGUGUAGGGCCAGGACCUUGGAGAAUAGGGUUCAAAUCCUCCCAUUAGCCAUGAAGCUCACAACUGGGUGGCGUUGGGCCAGUCACUGCCUCUCAGCCUAGCCUACCUCACAGGGCUGUUGUGGGGAUUAAAUGAGAAAGGAGAGAACCACUUUUGCCACCUUGAGCUCCUUGAGAGAAAAAAAAGUGGGAUGAAAAUGCAACAGACAGUAAAUCGAUGGGUCACCUUGCCAACUGACUCCGAGCUUGUCGGCCACCAUACCAAAAAGGUUGGGAACCACUGGUCUAAAAGAAGGCAGGAAUUAUUCCUGCCGAACCUCUGGUGGCAGGGAGUUCCAUGGGGCAGGGCCCUGGCACACUAAAGGCUCAGUCCCUAGUAAAGGCUGACCAUGCUGGAUUUUUUAGAUUGUAAGCCCCUCUGGGCAGAGACCUGCCCUCCUGCAAGCGGUAAAAUGUCAUGUGUGCUGAUACGGUACUGCGUAAAAAGUGGAAGCGAGAGUUCGCUGCCUCUGUUGUGAGGGGCAUUAAGCUUUCAUCUGCCUUCCGGUGGCUUGAAUUUUUUAUUUUGUUGUUGUUUUUUAAUAAAGAAACAGAAGGCCGAUUAGAGAGUCCAGUUGGCGCCUGGCCCCUGCUUUGCACAAAGAAUAGCAAGUAGUUCUGAUUGUCGACCCGUCCAUCUUCCCUCUCCCCUCCCGCACCCCCAACUCUCUGGCUCCGGGUUUGCUUUUCCACCCUAAUCCUUGUUUUGUUUGACACAACUUGGCUCAGAUGCAGAUGCAUCACAUUCAGGUUGAUAGGGCUGAUGUCAGUCUUUUUUUGUUUGUUUGUUUCGUUUUUACUCUCCAAUUUUCCUUCAGGGUUGGGGGGGGGCACGGAAUCUAACACCUCUUGUUCAUGAGGUAACACUGCAAAUAUUUAAAAUAGUGGUUCCCGAAUUUUACCAGGCUACUGCUCCCCGCUUGGUUCCAUAAACUCAUCUCCAGCACCCUCUACCCUACCCUAUAAAAAGGAAUUAUUCAGAAUAGCGGUUCGCACAGCCCACUAAGGAAAAUAAUAAUAAUAAUAAUAAUAAAAAUAAUAAUAAUAAUAUAAAAAAAAAUUCAAAACUGUAACCAUUAAUAAUUGCAUGUUUAUUCAACAUCCAGUUGAAACUACAGUUCCCUAAAAAUUUAAAGUAUUUCUGUCUGCUGAGAUUGCUUAGGCUCCUAGAGGUGUGUACCCAUCUGGUUCUUACUCAGAGUAGACCCAUUAAAAUAAAUGGACUUAAGUUAAACAUCUCCAUUCCUGUUAGUGGAUCUAGGCCACACUCACACCAUGCAUUUAUAGCACUGCGGCACUAUUUUGAACAGGCAUGGCUUCCCCCCCAAAGAAUCCUGGGAGUUGUAGUUUGUUAAGGGGUACUGGGAGCUGCCGGGAGAUCCUCUCCCUCCCAGAACUACAGUUCCCAGAGUUCCCUGGGAAGAGGGAUUGUUAAACUGCUCUGGGAUUUAACUGUACCUCUGUGGGAGGAAUAGCACUGCCAAGUGCUCAUUCCUUUGGGUUCCAGAGGUCACGAUACAAUGUUCAGGCACUGUUUUUAGAAGAGGGCAUCUGGAAGAGAGCCAGCAUUAGGCCCCAACACUGCUGUUACCUGCGCCGCAGGUGCAUCCCCAAGGAUGCAAGUGUUGACAGUGAGGAUUAGCAACUUAUUCCACUUGAAUUGGAAAGGAUUGUGGAACCUUUCUUAGACCAAUGGGCACAUUCCCUUCAGGACGGCCCUCCAAGGGCCAUGUGCCACAGGUGGGCGGGGCCAGGGGCAAAAGUGGGCGGAGCAACAGGUGUAGAUGCUGCUCUUGCAGAGCAGGCUGGCUUUUCACAAUCUCUGCCUUCCACCCUGGCAAGCAGGAGGCUAGACUGUGUUCAAGCACAUCCCAAUGAGGCCAAGACAUUCUGGAGGCAAAGCAGGGUCAGUGGGGGGGGGGUGACCUGGGGAGCAUCCCAAGGGCCAGAUGGAAAGUCACGGAGGGCCACAUUGGGCACCCCCAGGCCUCAGGUGCAGGAAAGACUUUCUCAGCCUGGCAGCUAAGACCUCUGAAGUUCCAGGCUCAAUGCCGGAUGGAAGGCCAUGUUUUCUUCCUCCUAUUGUUCUCCUGGCUGCCUCUCUACCCCUCUGUCCCGCACGCAAAUAUUUCUCUUAACACCAGAAGACAGCUCAGCUGCUUUGCAUUUGAGAGGAAAACCAGCCAAGAAGAGCCCAGCGAUGGAGGCCUCUCCUCUCUCUAAAUAUUCCAGCACUGAGAAAACUACUUCUUCUGAUGGAAGAAGAAGGAGACGUGGGUGGGGAGCCAGGCCCUUUCAGAGCCCUUCUUGCUGACAAAGUUUGGAGAGGGAAACGGGAUCCUAGGCGUGACUCUUCUCCCCAAUUUUUACCUCUCUGAGCCGCCCCCUCCCACUUUUCUUUCCUCUGUGUUCUCCUACUGCAAAGCUGGCUGCCACAGUGAGGGCUGGAGGCCUCUGCUUAGGGAGGUUCGGAGACCUGUGUAGCUACAUGGCUCACCCUCCCUUCUGAACGGCCAAAGGGUGUUCAGUGUGCCUCAUAAUUUGCUCCAAAUUUAAGGAUUCAAAGCCGCCACCCCGGCCAAACUGAGGACUGGGAGUGGGAGCAAUGCUUUGCACCAAUCCAUGCUUGGCGUCUCUAUUUUACAAUCCACCCUCGAGGCCAUUAAGGGUAAGAAACAAGGGUGGAGCAGCUAUUUAUUUCUUCAGCUUCUGUCCUACCCUUCCUCCCAGCGCGUCGUGCACCGCAAAAUUAAAAACAAUGCAAUUCAAAAGAAAAUCAAUGUCAAAGCAAAAUUGUAAUUUAAAAACCAGCUCGAAACAUUUUAAAUGGUGCCGAACAUCGAAAGCUUGGAACAACGCAAAUUAAAGUGAAACGAAUCAAAACGAUGAAGGUCAUUUAAAAACUGACUCAAACCAUUUCAAAUGCUCUCGGAACAUAAAACUGUACAGUUGGAAGGGACCAUGAGGGUCCUGCAAUCCAGGAAUCUUUUGCCCAACAUGGGGCUUGAACCCACAAUCCUGAGAUUAAGUCUCAUGCUCUACUGACUGAGGUAUCCAGCAGAUAUCAUUUAACAUUCAAGUUGCUAAGUUCAAGGUCCCUAUGGCCAAUAUCAAUAAGCUAUCAGAUGCCUGAACGAACAGGAAUGCUUUUAAAUUUCUCCUAUAGCCAAUUAUUAUUAUGAAUAAUAAUAAUACAUUUAUAUCCCACUUUUCCUCCAAGGAGCUCGAGGUGCCAUGCACACUUCUGCCCGUUCCCACUUUUUCCUCACAGAAACCCUGUGAGGUGGUUUGGGUUAAGAGAUGGCAGCUGGCCCAAGGCCACCCAGUGAGCUUCAUGGCAGAGGGAAUGCACUUCACCCAGGGAAAGCCUUUCACAAAAUGGGGAGCCACCACCGAGGAGGCCCUGUCGUGGGUCGACGCCAGCCAGCCAGCAGCCGGGGCAACAGCAGGCCUCCCUUGCUGAGCAUAAGGCCCAAGUUGGUGGAUACAUCAUGUAGGUAUUUGGAUCCCAAGCCCUUUUGGGCUUUUUUAUUCUAGUUCUAACCACUGACAGGUAAAGAUGCAGCUAGGCCCAAAGGAGGGGUUGCAAGGACAGCCAUUGAACUGCAUAAGGAGAGCUAGCUGAAUGCAGGCAGGCACUCUCCUAUCUAGUCCUGCCUCCUGUUCUCAUAGUGCCCAGCCCAAUGCUCCCAUGCAAAGCCUGCAGCAGCAAUCUGCCCACCUGCGAUUCUCAGCAAUUUACUUCGUCAUACUGCCUCCAACUGUGGUGGCUAGUAGCCGUUGAUAGCUUUAUCCUCUGACCACAUUGCAGAUAUUAAUACUGUGCAGUUUGAAGUGUAAGAACUGAAUCCUUUUGGAAGGAAUCAUUCUGCAGACCCCAUAAAAAUAUUAUUCAAUAUUCAAUAUUCAAAAUAUUCAAACUUUUACACAGCAGGGGUUCAGAGUGCUCUUCUUGCUUCUCUAAAGUUUCAGUGGAAUCUCCCUGUAUUGAAACUUUUUCACCAGUACGCAGAGAUUCUCAUUUCAUUGUCAGUUAAACCAAUUAUACUUAACAGUCCAGGCCUCUUUUAAAGCCAUCCAAGUGGGAGGUCGCCACUGUUUCUUGCAGGGGUGAGUUCCAUAGCUGCAGCUCACACGAAGAAGGAUUGCAAAGCCUUGCAACCCCGACCAUAAGCCGACCCCCUGUAUUUUAAAGCCCCGAUGUUCAGCUGAUCAUCGUGGCUUCAAAGUGCAGCGCACAGCUCCCUGCAGUCCUUGUGGGCCAAAACUGGCCACCUGCCCAGCGUCAUGGCGACAUCAUCAGGCGAUGGGCAGCUGGGCAGCCCCACCCACCUGUGAAAACUCAGUCCCUGAAGGUAAAAUCCAAUCCACCCCCCAUUUACACACUGUGAUCUCAUGGGGUGAAGUAGGUGAGUCAUCCUCACUCCACCCUGAGUCUUUGGCACAGUGGAAAUGUACCCACCUUUUCGGGGUGGGUGGGGCAGAGCCAAUUUAUGUAACAUCUUAAUGAAAACAAAAGAUGAUAUCCAUCUGUGUGCUCCCCCCUGGCCAGCAGCAGUCUCUCUUAGGAGUAGGUGUGCUUGAGGCUUGCUAUGUGCCCACGUUAAUACGGAUUCCAUGACAACAGCUCGGAAGCGUCAUGGAGAAUAAAUGUCAGGCAGAUCCUCCCAAUCCCUUUUAGCCUGGGGCUGUCAAAAUAAGGCUCUAGGGAGUCCCAAUGCCCCCCAUAUUUGUCUUUUGGGGGGCAAGGGAGCUGCCCUCCCACCAGCUCCAUAACAGGGCCACAUUCUCUCUGGGCAACUUGCCAGGGGCCAUAGGCUGAGGUGGGCGGGGCCAGAGCCAAAGUGGGUGGGGCAAUGGAUGCAAAGGUCAUCUCUGCCUAGCAGGCUAGUCUCUGCCCAGCUGCACACACCCCUCAAGACAUUCCUCCAAGCUCAGUAUUGUCAACACUGGCUGGCAGCGGUUCCCCAGGGUUUCCAGGGGUCUUUCCAGCCCUGCCUGGAGGUGCCUUUGGGGACUGAACCCAGGACCUUCUGGUGCAAAGUGGCCUUCUCCCAAGAUAUAGAAACCCAGAAGGCAGCUGCCUUGUACCAAACCCCAGACCCUUGGCCCAUCUGGGCUCAGUUUUGAAUGUGUGGGUUCCACUGUCAUCUGGGGAGCAAACUUUCCACCAGGCUGCCUCAGUGGGAGAAAUUCAAAGCAGAAGGCUCAUUCCAUCAGGUUCGCCAGAACUCCAGCUCCAUCUGGAACCUCCUUGCCCCUAAACUGUGCCAUCUGGUCAGUUAACUGCUAGCACAUUUGCAAACUGCUAGCACAUUAAGCAGGGUACGGUAUGGUUUCAAAUUGGAUGGGGGACCACAUGUUGAGAUUCCUGCGUUGCAGCGGGCUGGACUAGAUGACCCUGUCGCUUUCCCCUUGGACGUCAUGUCAUGCUUCGUUUCGCAUUUUGAGAAUCCCAGCCUGCAAGUAGGGCACGUCUUGCUUUGAUGGUAUAUAAGCUGCUUGGGGAGCCUUUCUGACUCAAGAGUCCAGCACAAAUGGCCUAUACAAAUAAUAAUUGUCAACAUUGACUGGCGGCAGCUCUCCAGGAUUUCAGAAAGGGGGCCUCUCCUAGCCCUACCCGGAGAUGAUAGGGAUCGACCCUCAGAUUUUCUUCCUGCAAGGCAAACGCUCUCCCACUGAGCUGCAGCCUUUCUCCUUUCCCAUCCUGCAACAGGUCGGCAACACUGAGACUAUGAUCUCAAUGUCCUCAGUGGGCCCUCGUCCCCUCCAUCCCCGGCCGGCGUUAACUUGGUGCUUUAUCUCCUCUAAAAGGAUUUUACACGGCCAGUGAUCCUGUUAUUCCCCAGAAGCUAAUCUGGCUGCCAGGGCUUAGCAGCCGCUGCUGCCUCUCCUCCUAAUGGCCCAUCUCCCUGCUCUCUUCUGCCUUCGUUCUGUUUUGUGGCUGCGAUCCAUGUGCUCUGAGAGGCCUUCGUGGGAGCCAUUUUGUUGUCAUGGCAAUUCGAGCCAAGGGGGACCAGUAAUCUUAUCCACCUGUUUGCUCUCAGCGGAAGCUUUUUUAAAAUUUCUUUUUCUGGCAUUUGCAAGGAGAGGAAAGGCUGGAACAUCUGCCUGGAUCCCUCUGCUUCGCCUGAUCCACUGGAAGCCUUCUUAGGCCACAUUCACACCAUAUACUUAAAGCACCGUGAUGCCACUUUAAGCAGCCAAAAGCAUGAUGGGAGUUGUAGUUCAUUAAGGGUGCUGAGAGUUGUUAGGAGGCCCCUAUUCCCCUCACAGAGCUUCAAUUCCCAGACUGGCUUAUCAAUCAACCCCUCUUCCAAGGGAACUCUGGGAACCAGCUGAUGCUCAUUCGUAAUAUUUCAUUUCCAGAUGUUUGGAGGAUAUUUUGUUUCACAGCUGGAGGCAGCAGUGCUUCUGAAUACCAGUUGCUGGAAGCUGCAAGAGGGGAGAGGGAUCUAGUGCUUGAUUCCUGCUGGUGGGCUUUCCACAGGGAUCUGGUUGGCUACUGUGAGAACAGGAUGCUGGACUCGAUGGGUCACUGACCUGAUCCCUUAGGGCUCUUCUUAGGUUCUGAGCUCGCUGGACCAAUGACCCAGCUCUCAAUCCAAGGCUCAGGAAUCCUUUGCUCCUGCAUUCCUAACCCCAGCAUGGGAUCCAAAUGUCCACACUGUGGAUGAACCCUGAGCAAAUGCACACCUGGCUGCCCAGGAGCGUCUCAUCCUGUCUGCGAUGUUUUCAAAUGGCUGGUAAUCGCUUCACUGCAGCAGAUGGAGAGAGAGAGAGAGAAGAAAACUAGGUCAUUCUUCCUGCCCCCCCUUCCCUGCUGCUUCCGACACUUGACUCCGUCUAGGGCUGGGCUGCAUCCUGAGAUUCCGUGAGGAAGCCGCCAGGCUAGUGGCUGAGGAGGCCAUCCCCCUACAUCCAGGGCCAGCUGCAUGUUGAGUCCUGUGGUGCCCUGCACUUAGAGAGCUAGCAUGUCAGGGUAGGACAGGGCUCAUUCCCCCCUGGUGUUCCAUUAUGUGUGGGUUUGUGCAAGGAAUUUCAGCACACAAAUGUGUGUCAGGCAGGGAACAGGUGAAGGCAUGCCUUUGCAGGUGCUGAUGAUCAGCUGACCGUUGACACCUGCAAAGUGCUGGGCCUUCCUAGGUGCCUGGAGAGCUGCCCUACACAGAGUCAAGCCUAUGGGCCCGCCUAGCUCAGCAGAGUGUGCACACUGACUGGCAGCAGCUCUCCAGCCUUUCAGGUAGGAGUGGUUUCCCCAGCCCUACAUGGAGAAGCUGGGGGUUGGACCUGGGACCUUCGGCAGGCAGGCAGGCUGGGCAGGUACUCUAUCACUGAGCAACUCCCCCCCACAAACAUAGGAAGCUAACCUGUUAGGACGCUUGGCCCAGCUAGCUUAGUAUUGUCUGCUCUGACUGGCAGUAGCUCUCCAGGGUUUCAGACUGGGGGUGCCUCUAGCUCUACCUGGAGAUGCUGAAGAUUGGACCUGAGGCCUUCUACAUGCAAGACAGAUGCUCUACCCCUGAGCAAUGGGCCUUCCCAGACUUCUAACCAAUCACAGGGCCUGGUGCUCUUCGUGGGCUGGACAAAUCUGAGGCAGUUAACAAGGCUCAGUUGCAGCCUUAUGGCAAGAGGUUUGCAGGCCCAAUAAUAAUAAUAAUAAUAAUAAUAAUAAUAAUAAUAAUAAAUUUUAUUUAUACCCUGCCCUCCCUGGCCAGAGCCAGGCUCAAGGCGGCUAACACCAGUAAAAUUGCAGUAAAAACAUAAUAGGGGGGGAAAAACCCAAUUUAAAAUACAGGUUAAAAUGCAAUUUAAAAUGCAGCCUCAUUUUAAAAGUAGCCCAUAGAUCAAAACCAUAAGGGGAGGGAAACAUAAGGGUCAGACUGAGUCCAAACCAAAGGCCAGGCGGAACAGCUCUGUCCUGCAGGCCCUGCGGAAAGAUGUCAAGUCCUGCAGGGCCCUAGUCUCUUGUGACAGAGUGUUCCACCAAGUCGGGGCCAGUACUGAAAAGGCCCUGGCCCUAGUUGAGGCCAAUCUAACCACCUUGCGACCUGGACCUCCAAAAUGUUGUCAUUUGUGGACCUUAAGGUCCUCCGCGGGGCAUACCAGGAGAGGCGGUCCCGUAGGUACGUGGGUCCUAGGCUGCAUAGGGCUUUAAAGGUCAAAACCUUCUAGAACAUAAGGCCGUGACAUCUGCUCAUGCUAACUGAUCCUGGGAACCAGACCUUUGCUAUUUAAAUUGCACCCACUUCCCUAUCUACAUUUCGGAAAAUGACCCUCCUUUCUCUCAACAGCAUCCUGGGUGCCCGUCGUGUCCCCAGCACCUUCCACGCCCGCUUCUCGGCCCGGUCGAGGACGUACGUCUACCGGGUGGCGACCGGGUGCUCUCAUCAUUUGGAGCUGCCUGUCUUUGAGCGUAACCGCUGCUGGGCAACGUAUCGAGGGUGAGUUUGUGACACUGAGGGAUAUGUAGGUCAGGGUAAAGGGACCCCUGACCAUUAGGUCCAGUCGUGGCCGACUCUGGGGUUGCGGCGCUCAUCUCGCUUUACUGGCCAAGGGAGCCAGCGUUCAGCUUCCAGAUCAUGUGGCCAGCAUGACGAAGCCGCUUCUGGCGAACCAGAGCAGCGCACAGAAACGCCGUUUACCUUCCCGCCGGAGUGGGACCUAUUUAUCUACUUGCACUUUGACGUGCUUUCGAACUGCUAGGUUGGCAGGAGCAGGGACCGAGCAACGGGAGCUCACCCCGUUGCAGGGAUUCGAACUGUCGACCUUCCGAUCGGCAAGCCCUAGGCUCUGUGGUUUAACCCACAGCACCACCCGCGUCCCUGUAGGUCAGGGAGUUGGGUACAUAAAUGGCACUGGGUGCCUACUAUUUAUUGAGUUAUUUAUUUAAGGCUGAUUUAUAUACUGCAGAAUCAUUAGAGGAACAGAGGAAGCUGCCUUAUACAGAACCAGACCACUGGCCCAUUUAGCUCAGUGCUGUCUACACUGGUUGGCUGCUGCUUUUUAGCAUUUCUGGCAGAAGACUCUCCCAGCCCUGCCUGCAGAUGCCGGAGAUUGAACCUGGAGCAUUCUGCUUGCAAGGCAGAUGUUCAAACACUAAGCCAGUGCUUCUCAAACUUGGAUCCCCAGCUAUUGUUGGACUCCCAGCAUCCCCAGCUAGCAGGACCGGUGGUCAGGGAUGAUGGGAGUUGUAGUCCAACAACAAAUUUGAGAUGUUCUUCGACCUGGGGCCCUCUCAAUGUGUAGGACCACAACUCCCAUCAGCCCCAGCCGAGUGAUGGGAGUUGUGGUCCAACACAACCAGAGGACCCCCAGGCUGGCAUAAGGCUGGCCUAGAUCAGGGUUUGCCAAACUUGAGUUUCCAGCUGUUUCUCGACUACACUUCCCAUCAUCCCUGACCACUGGUCCUGCUAGCUAGGGGAUGAUGGGAGUUGUAGUCCAAAAACAGCUGGAGGCUCACAUUUGGGAAACCGUGGCCUAGAUGAUCUCGCCUUCUGUGAAGCAGCUUCCGACGUCCUUCCGCUGUUCUCAGAGUCUUUUCCCUGUCUCCCUUCAGCCAUCUGA